AUGGCUGAAUUCACCGAGGCCAAUCGCCAGCAUUUCGACCAGAAGGCUUUGUCCUAUAAAACAGAAUUCUCUCACCUUCUGAGACUCCUGUGCAAUCAGGUCCUGACCCGUCGACUUUGGAUCAGUGACAAAUGGACCGAUACUCCAGCAGGAAAGGGGCAGGAGGUUAAGAUGCUUGAUUAUGCCUGUGGAGUUGGCAUCCUGUCUAUUACACUGGCCCCCUUUUUGACAAAGGUCAUAGGGUUGGACCUCUCCGACAGCAUGGUCAAUGAAUUCAACAAAGACGCGCGAGAAGCUGCACUAUCGGACCGAUUAAUUGCCUACAAAGGCGAUCUCGUCGCAGCGACUGCUGCUACUGAAUUGUCGGACCCCAAAUUCUUCAAUUUCGAUUUAGUACUCAUCAGCAUGGCGUUCCAUCACUUUGCUGAUCCUGGCCUGGCGCUGAAGCGCCUCGGAGACAGGCUGAAGAGUGGCGGCACUUGUGUUGUCAUAGACUUCGUCCCUGACAAUCACAGAAUCUCAGAAGACGUCUCUCAUACCGUCAAGACGCAUGGCUUUACCUCAGAUGAUAUGAAAAAGCUAUUUGAAGACGCCGGAUUGAGCGCAAAUUUCGACUACCAGGUCGUGGAUGAACCGUUCUCACACACGAGAAACGGGGUGGCUGUUGAAAAGACCAUCUUCAUAGCUAGGGCUCGGCGUGUUUAG